GGAGAGGAGCGGGGAGUUAUGAACGCGCCUCCGGCCUUCGAGUCCUUCUUGCUCUUCGAAGGGGAGGAAAAGAUUACGAUAAACAAGGAUACCAAAGUACCAAAUGCCUGUUUGUUUACCAUCAACAAGGAAGACCACACGCUUGGGAAUAUCAUUAAGUCGCAGUUAUUGAAAGAUCCUCAGGUUCUAUUUGCGGGAUACAAAGUCCCUCACCCCCUUGAGCAUAAGAUCAUCAUUCGUGUUCAGACCACCCCCGACUACAGUCCCCAGGAAGCUUUCACCAAUGCUAUCACAGAUCUCAUCAGUGAGCUCUCCCUGCUGGAGGAAAGGUUCCGGGUUGCCAUAAAAGACAAACAAGAAGGAAUUGAAUAGUUAAAUGCCAUUUAA